AUGUCUUCGCUAACCAGAGCAGUAACUUCAAGAUUUACUGAAUUCACACAUGGAAGACAACGACUAACACAAGAGAAAGGUAUUUGAUUUUCACAAAUUCUGAAAUUUUGGUUGAUUUUUUUUCCAGAACCUCUGCCGCCAUCUACAAGUGAAUUUAAUUAUUUUAUACCGCCUGAAAUCAUUUGGGAAGAUUAUCAAUUGCAAAACAAGGUCUGUUGUUUUUUUUGUGUGUAUGCAUGUUUUUUAUUUCUGUUUUCAACCAAAAAAAAACAGAAAAACAGAUAAAAAGGUCGCCAUCGUCAAACCAACAAAUAAACCGUGACGUAACCUGUUUUUCUGUCGAACUUUUUUUUGAUGUGAUUUGAUGAUGUGAGGGGUGAUGUUGUACUCUCGAAACACAUUUCAAGUUUGAUUAGUCAUAACUUGUUCUAUCUCCCUCGCAUUUUUUUGUGUUGUGGAGAGAGAGGAGAAAAUUGGGUUAAUUCAUUUGAGAUGAUCAUCUUUGAUCAAAAAUUUCCCAUAUUUUCCAGUUUUUUUUCACCGAAUAAUUGAUGGUUCCAAAAACCCCAAGGAGUAUAUUAGAAACUUGUGAUCAAACUUCAUGAAAUUAAUCUUUUUCUUCUUUUGUAAAUAUUGAAUUUGAAAAAAACUGUGAUUUCUGCUUUUCUCUAGAGAAACCAAAAUGUUACAGAGUUUGAAGUGCCAUAGGUUUGGAUUUCGCGAGGGCAAAGACCACCAACGAAGUUUUUUGAAAGAUGUAAGAUACUGUAGUUUACAAAUAGAAAAUAGAACUCUUGAGAAACUAUGACGUAGCAGAAAUCCAGAAAAUCUCAAGAAGUAAUCAGAAUUGUCAGGUGCCGAUUUGAAAAAUGUCAUUUCUUGUUUAUUGUGGAUUUUAGAAAAUGAAAAUAUGACGUGUCAAAAGUUUUGAAAUCAUUCUCAUGAUUUAUUACGUUGCUGGUCAGGUUUUUCUGAAGUUCUGAUUUUUCUUUUCUAAAAUAUGAUUAUGAACUGGCGAAAAUCAUGAACAUAUAACCACUAUAAUAUAACUUGGUAUUUUGAUCAUGAUACUGUAGAUUUUUGAUGUUUCUGACUGGAAACAGUUGUGCGAAUCAUUAUCACACGUUUUCUCAUAUUGAUUUUUUUUUCUAAAUUUCUCACUGUUUUUCUUGAAUAUAGUGCACUUUGUAAAAUAAUACCGUAUUCUUACUUUUAUAUCUAUCUACAGUAUUUUUUAAAAUUAUUUUUAGAAUAGUUCGAAGUUAUUGUAGUUGCCUCAUUUGUAUUAUGUCCUCACAAUAAAAGGAAUUUUCCGAUAAUAAUAUGAUUAAAAGCUCAUAAAUCACUAGAUCCAACCAAAUUUUAAUUUUAAAUUCCAUGGACUACUGUUUCUGUCUCUGUAGCUUCACAAAUAAUAACCAUGUGACCCAAUUUUACCUCUCAAAAUCCAAAAUCAAUUUCCAAAAACUAAUCUCUUGAAAAAUAGAAACAAUUUUUGUGCUGGUGAAAAACCAACAAACAAACGAAAACUAAGUUGAACUAAUUACAAGAACCAGUCUUUGCUCGAAUCAAUAAUAGAAACAACACAGCCGACAAAAAUGUUUGACAGUAGGGCGGAAGCAGCUUUUGCUCAUGUUGUUAUUGUACAUACACACACAAGAGUGACGUUAUUUGAUUUUAUUUGAUUUAUUAUUAUGUAUGUCUCUCACUAUUCGUACAGAACCAGAUUUCGAGUUUUUUUCUGUGUUGUACCUUAUUUAUUUGUCUGUCGGCAAAAAUGGAAUGCUUAAAAGAUUUUGAGAGAAGAAAUAAGAUUUGAUUGGAUUUGUGCGGAACAAGAAAAGGAAGGAAUUUGGAAACUGGAUAUAGAUAUUUUAAGAACUUGAGAUUUAUAGUUCAAUAUCGGGAGAUAAUUUCAUUCCUAGAAAUGUUGAUUAUUUAUGAGAAAGUUCCGAAUUUUUUGUGUUAUUCGGAAUUGUUCUAAAAAUUGUAACUUCUUGAAACGUCAGUGAUAUUAAAAACCUAUAAAAAUUCAAAGAUUCUGACUCUCUCUUCUGACUCUUUCAAAAACAAACAUCAUCUCGUCAUCACAAAUUUGUGUGUUGAACUUGUUGAGUACUGUAUCCUAUAAAUUUUUGAGAAAAUUUGUAAAGCUAUCCUUGCUCACCUUCUGCUAUAUUUCAUUCCAUUUUAAAAAUCUGGUUUAUUGCAGGAAGCUCCACUGAAAAUCGAGGUAGACCAAACAAUGCUCAAAAUCGAACCAGUUCAAAGCAACAUUGAAAAGAAAAGUCCAACUAAUUUUUCACAAAAGGUAACGGUUUCAGAAUUUAUUUUUUUCUUUAAAAAAAUAUCAAGUUGUUCAGAUGACAGCAGUUGUUCGAAAAUUAUCACCAUUCAGCGAUGAAAGUUCAACAUCCACGUCAUCCAAAGAAAACCAAACAUCAGAAGAAACUUCAAAGAAAUCAAAACCAUUCAAGGAAACCAAGCAAAAAAUGGAGAAAAUGAGAAAAUUGCGAAAAACCAAGGAUCGACAACAGUUGAUUGAUUCAAGUGAUGAUGAAAUUUGA